AGUAAUCCCCAACUAAUUGCUGUUACAAAACACUUGAGUCCAGGAUUAUUAAGAGUUGGUGGUACACUUGCUGACAGAUUAAGAUUUGUUUCUGAUAAUUCCCAAGUAUUUAAAAGUAUUUCUAUUACUGAUAUGGAUGGUGGAAGUUGUUCACAUGAAAGUAAAUCUUGCACAGGAAACCGACCCAAUUUUACUAUGUCUGGAGAAGAAUGGUUAAAGUUAAAUAAUUAUGCUGAGAAAUCAGGUUUCACAAUUUUAUUUGAUUUAAAUGCCCUGAUACGAUACGACAAUGGUACAUGGGAUUCCCGAAAUGCAGAACAAUUAAUAAUGUUUUCAGAUCAUCACAAUUUAACACUCCUUUGGCAACUAGGAAAUGAACCAAAUUCGUUUCGACAUGUGUUUAAUUACGAAGUAAAUGCUUCUCAAUUAGCAGCAGAUUUCAAUGAAUUAAGACGAAUUUUGAACAAGUAUGACAUGUACAAAAAUUCACUACUAGUAGGACCAGAUACUACACGACCGCAGCCUCGUAAUGACGAAAGUGUACUUUACCUGGAAAAUUUUUUAGAUAAUAUUAGAAAUGCUAUUGACGUUAUAACUUGGCAUCAGUAAGCUUUUCUCAAUAAUAGUUAA